AUGGCCAAGGCAAGAUCUAGGCCUACAUGGAGAUUCCAGGACGCAGAUGUGGCUUUGUACCAAGACCUCUCACCCCUGACCCUAGAGGCGCGCAGAGCGCUGAGACCGAUCACGACACAACUACAGGAGAGGAGGAUCACUUAUAAGUGGGGCUACCCCUUCGCUCUCCUAGCCAGGCACCAAAAUGAAUGGGUACCCCUACGCUGGCCGGAGGAGGCACCCAGAUUCUUACAGCGCCUAGGCCUACCGCCCACGGAAAUCACCAACUGGAUCCUGAGCCAACCUGAACAGAGAUCUGUCCCGCAGACGCCGAGACAACAACGCCGACGCAGAGAAGAGACACCACGGCGCCCUGUGGACCGCAGACAACUAGAGCCCGGUGACCCAGAGGAGUAAGAUUUGCCAGGCUGGCGGCCCCCUGCUCCCUUCCCCCCGACCCACCCUGACUCGGAGCACACCUCCCGGUGGAGAGCUCGCAGGACGAACCCGGAGGCUCCCGACUACCAGAAGACGUCAGACACCAGAUAAGUCUCCACCGCAAGCACAUGUACAUCUUGGCCCUAACACGCACACCUAACUCAAUGGCUCACACGAGACACUUAGCAGAGACACACACUUGGCCCACAGGCACACAACCCUCACGAAUUCCCCUUUUUUGGGAGGGGGAACACAAUGGGGGGAAGGCAUUUCUAAAAGAGGGCACCGAGACUUGCCAGCACCAGCACUAUCUGACUAUUCUGGAGACUGGGGACACUUCUGCUGUCAUAGAGAGCAUAUCACCUGAAGGGGCAAGCGGAACGGGAAGACACCGGGCUUGACGGGGAAGGGGACGCCAGACGUUGCACAAAUGAACUGUGCACUGGGAACCAAUAUAUAUGCCUCCUCGACCCAAUUGGGCUAUAUGGGACUGGAGACUGGCCUGGAAAAGUCCAGAUAGUAAUAAGUAAUAUGGUGUAACUUACAAUGCACAAUGCUGUGGGGCCUAGGGGGUGGGGGGCAGGGGGCAACGGGAUGAGUGUACUUCAAAAGGCUUCAUACCAUGUAACAGAAGGGGAGGGGCAUAGCGGGGGCAGGGUGGAUAGGAGGUGGGGUUCUCAGCGGGCUAUUAUAAAAAGUUCAGAGACAUCCUUGCCCCACGCAUCGCCAACGCCUGCAACCACCUCCGAGACGGAGGUAAAUUCCACCGAGAAUCCCUAGCAGCCAUAAUCACAGUGAUUCCCAAACCAGGCAAGAACCUGGAAAUCUGCGGCAAUUACCGCCCCAUCUCUCUAUUGAACGUGGAUGUGAAGAUCCUCUCCAAGGUGCUAGCUACGCGACUGCAACAAUUCCUACCGAGACUAGUCCACCCAGACCAGACGGGGUUCAUCCCAGGAAGAGAGGCCAGGGAUAGCACCCUGCGGGCGUUCACCAUACAAAGCCUGGCACGUAAAGGAACCUCCAACUUCCUUAUGCUCUCCACGGACGCAGAAAAAGCAUUUGAUCGGGUGCGGUGGAGCUUCAUGACGGCAGCGCUGACGGCGAUGGGUCUGGGGAACGGCAUACUCACCUGGAUAACGGCACUCUACACCGACCCAACUGCCAGAUUACGGGUAAACGGAGCACUCACAGCCAACUUUGACAUCAACAACGGCACCAGACAGGGAUGCCCGCUGUCCCCCCUCCUCUUUGCCCUCACGUUAGAGCCGUUUCUAGACAAGAUCAGACGGACACCAGAGAUCCAGGGAUUCAAACAGAAAGAUCAGACACAUAAGGUGGCCGCAUACGUGGACGAUAUGCUCUUUUUCGUCACGGAACCUCAGAACACACUGCCGGCUCUCCUACGGGAAUUCGAGCAAUACGGGCGGAUAUCAGGGCUUAAGCUAAAUCAAGCAAAAUGCGAAAUUCUGGCAAUACGCACCGCGAGGAACACACAGGAGAGACUCCAACGCAAGUUCCCUUUCCACUGGUGUAAGAAGCAGAUGCGCUACCUAAGUAUUUGGCUCUGCCGUGACCCAGGCGAGACAUACGAUAGGAACUACACACCCCUCCUUCGCAACGUACUGACGGACCUGACGAGAUGGUCAUACGAUCACAUCUCUUGGCAAGGCCGAAUAACGGUGGUCAAAAUGAACAUCCUCCCCCGCCUUCUCUACUGCUUUAGCACCAUCCCCUGGCACCUACCACAGGUAGCUCAAAACAGCGGUAACGAAGUAUAUCUGGAAGGAGUGGAGGCCACGGCUUAAACACGACAUAUAAUGCCUGCCAAAAUCAUGGGGAGGCCUGGCCCUACUGGACUUACGGAGGUACUUCCACGGGACAGUGCUCCAGAGGAUUCGAGAAUGGUACACGGCCCCCACCAACAAACUAUGGACGAGACUGGACAGGGAAAGCACAAACAGAGCACUCCACACAUACAUCUGGCACCGCCCGACAGGAGCUGCACAAGCUCUGGGUACGGAAUCCCCAGUGAUGCAGACGCUGAAAACCUGGACCACCCUACGAAGGAACACACACUUCUCACCACAGCCAAGCCCCCUGAUCCCCCUAACAUAUAACAAAACCAUAGGAGGGGGACUGCACACGAACGCGUGGCCAAUACACAAAGAAGAGGACUAUGUACCCCUGAGCUUGGCCCUGACAAACGCCAGCCUGCGCAGCCUUCAAGACUGGGCGGACACAGAUCGCCUGACGAUAAUGCACCGAUUUCACUACGCACAGCUGAGGCACUUCUACCACAAUCUGCCCAAUAGGGGAGCAGUACACAGAGAAUGGACCUGGUUUGAACACUUCUGCGAGAGCUCUCCAGAGGCAGAUGGCAGAGUAUCGGGCAUAUAUCAACAACUGCUCACAGGGGAACUCUCCAGAAACAACGCCUUCCAGAGGCAGUGGGAGGAAUUGACAGACAGAAACUUCACAGAUGCCCAAUGGGCACAAAUUCUCAUAUUACAACACAAAAGCUCAAUAAGCACCAGGUACCAAGAGGUGAACUACAAGCUGAUCUCCCAGUGGUACAGAACACCAGCAAAACUGCACUGGAUUUUCCCGGGGGUCCCGGAUACUUGUUGGAGAUGUGAAACACAGCCAGGCACUUUACGCCACAUUUGGUGGGACUGCCCUGGGAUCAAGCCAUUCUGGGAAGAGAUAAACCGGGAAAAUCACUACAAUUCUGGUUGACCCACCAGACUUUAGCAUAGCGGCCGCGCUCCUACACUUCUUUACAGGACAGCUGGCACAAUACAAACGCUCAAUCCUACGACACCUGCUUAAUGCAGCCAAAGCACUGAUCCCAGCGAGAUGGAAGCAAACCCAGCCACCUACCAAAAUGGAAUGGCUACAGAGAAUAGAAGAGAUUCACACAGCUGAGGCGAGAUACGCUGAGAUACUCGGGAGGAGAGACAAACACCUUGAAAUGUGGACUCCAUGGUACCUAUACACAUCACAAACGAGGACAGGGGAUGGGACACCACGGGGAUCCUAG